GCUGCAUACAGUACAAACUUUACACACACCACAAAAACAUGGGAGGAGCUAUGACAUCACCACAGGUGUGACAGCUUUCAGUGAAAAUGAAACUAAACUGACGAUCAACAACCUAUAAACCUUUAAACUCUUUCACUCUUUAAGAAGAUAUUUGAGACUUUUAAAGCCGUACAUGAACACAUCUGAUACUCAUUCACAGCUUUAAAGAGAAGACGAACAAUGGCAGAAUCUUCACCAACAUCACCAAAACCAAGACGGACCAGAAGAAAGAGUAUAGAUGAACCUCCAUUUCUGUCAUCCUCCAGUGUUUCUCUGUCUGAAGAGCUUCAGUGUUGUAUUUGUCUGGAUGUGUUCAGUGAUCCAGUCAGCACUCCAUGUGGACACAACUUCUGCAGGAUCUGUCUGAAACAGUGCUGGGACAACAGUCAGAUCUACAGCUGUCCAUACUGUAAAGAAACAUUCAGUAAAAGACCAGAACUCAACAUCAACACAGCACUUAGAGAGGUCACACUGAUCUUUAAAGAAAAGUUCAGUCUGAGAAGAUCUGAAGUCCUCUGUGACGUCUGUGAUGAAAGAAAACUGAAAGCCCUAAAGUCCUGCCUGAUGUGUCAGAGAUCUUACUGUCAAACUCACCUGGACCUUCAUGAGAAAAUGAGUUUAAAGAAACACAAACUGCUGGAUCCUGUGGAGAAUAUAAAGGACUAUAUAUGUGAGAAACAUGAGAGACCUCUGGAGCUCUUCUGUAGAGAUGAUCAGACAUGUGUUUGUGUGUUUUGUACUGAUGGAGAUCACAAGAAUCACAACACUGUUCCUCUAGAGGAGGAGAGUAAAGAGAAGAAGACUCAACUGAUGAAGACACAGACAGACAUUCAGCAGAUGAUCCAGAAGAGAAUCAAGAAGAUUCAAGACAUCAAACACUCAGCAGAACUCAGAAAAAGAAGCAGAGAGCAGGAGAAAGCAGCGAGUGUUGAGGUCUUCAGUGAUCUGAUCAGAUCCAUUGAGAGAUGUCAGACUGAGCUGCUGGAGAUGAUGGAGGAGGAACAGAAAGCAGAAGAGAAACAGGAUGAAGAUCUCAUUAAAGAUCUGGAGCAGGAGAUCACUGAGCUGAAGUGGAGAGACAGUGAGCUGGAGAAGAUCACACACAGUGAAGAUCAUCUUCAUCUCGUUCAGAUUGACCCAUCAUCCCUGUACAGAGCUCCAGACAUGAAGAACUGGUCUGAGAUCAGUAUGAAGACUCAUGUGAGUGUGGAGACUCUGAGGAGAGCUCUGACUAAAUUACAGGAGACUCUCAAUGAAAAACUCACUCAGACUGUGUUGAUGAAGAUGCAGCAGUAUGCAGUGGAUGUGACUCUGGAUCCUGAUACAGCAAAUCCAAAACUCAUCCUGUCUGAAGAUGGUAAACAAGUGAGAACUGGAGACAUUAAACAUGAACUCCCAGAUAAUCCAGAGAGAUUUGAUUUUUGUCCCUGUGUCCUGGGAAAAGAGGGAUUCACCUCAGGGAGAUUUUAUUUUGAGGUUCAGGUGAAGGACAAAACUGACUGGGAUUUAGGAGUGGCCAGAGAAUCUAUAAACAGAAAGGGACAGAUCACAGCGUCUCCUCGGAAUGGACAGUGGUCUAUGGCUCUGAGGAAUGAGAAUGAAUAUAAAGCCUGGGCUCCUGCUCCUGUCUCUCUGUGUCUGAAAGUGAAACCACAGAAGGUCGGGGUGUUUGUGGAUUAUGAGGAGGGUUUGGUUUGUUUUUAUGAUGUAGAGUCCAGGUCUCAUAUCUACUCUUUCACUGAUCAAACUUUCACUGAGAAACUCUUUCCUUACUUCAGUCCAGUUCUUAAUCAUAAAGGUAAAAAUUCAGCUCCUCUGAUCAUCUCACCUGUUCAUUACAACAAAUGAAUUCACAUCCAGAAUAUAAAAUACUAAAUGAAAGGUUUCUAAAAGCUGAAAACUAAGAAUAAGAAAACAAUAAAUACGCAUUUCCUUUUUUUCUAAUGAUAAUAUGUAAACUUAUGAACAGAAAACUUGAACACUCAGUACAAAACCUGUUGUUCUCAAUUAUUUGAGUGCAUAUUAGUAUCUCUGUUGUAAAUACUGGUACUAAACAUCACUGCUACAAAAAAGUAUUUAGUGUUUUAGUGUUUGUGGGAUUAAUUUAUGCUGUUGUUGUUGUCUCUAUUAGUUAUCUGUUGUGAAAUGAAUGAUGUUUGUUGAUCGUCAUGAAUGAGGUUUGUGUGUUCAGUGUUGGGGUUUAAGUUCAUGAUGUCUUGUUGCUCAGAGUAAUACAUUCAUCACAACACUUUGAACAGUAACUUGACCAAUUGUUUUAAGCAGAGUAUGUGUAUAAUAAAAUGAUAUAACAAAGGUAAAUAAAAACCUAAGCUUAUUUUGUU